CUUGUACAGUAUCGUCCACUCAGGCUCAUCAUCGUCCGUUUCAUCUACUGCACUCCACAACCCAAGCGAUAACGACAUUCUACAUCUUUCUACAUGUAGCACCGUGGCCGCCCCCGGCUGGCCGCCUGGGGCAGGGAAAUCCGGGGCCGGACUUGCGUUUUGAAACAGAACCGUUCGCGAUCCUGUCCGCACUCGCCUCUCCGGAUUCUUAUCUUGCGCCUUACGACCCUCAUUGCGAUGUUCUGAUUCUUUCGCAUCUCCGUUCUUUCUCAUAGUCACUCUUUCCGUUCCCGCCCGUGGCGGCAUUCAUUCAUUAUGCGUUCCAUUCUCUACACCACAGCCGCUUCCCUACUAACCAGCCCGGCGCUCGGUUUAGUAGCGCGCGCAAAUUUACCCCCAAAGUUCACAGUGGAUUCAAUCGGCAUACAAUCUUCAAAUUUCCCAGACGUAUACCGCGAUGGCGGUGGCGGCGGUACCAUCAACGGCGUCAACAUCAUGACGUUCAGCGACACGACGACAACCGCAGGCGGCGUGACGGGCUCCAUGAAGGGCUUCGCAGACAACACCAUCGCAUACGUAGGCCAAAACGGCGCGCCCCUCCACCAAACCACCGACUUCGGCGCCAAUGGCGUCCCCAACAUGCCCAUCCCCUUCACACAAAACGAAACGCAGUACACCGCCGACCACUUCGACAAAGAUGGAACACGAUGCGUACUGUGGCCCCAGGCCUCCAUCGCCACAAUCCCGACGCUGGACGGCGGCGAGCUCGGCAUCGCCGUGUACCCCGUCGCGCUCUACAGCAGCAACAUUCAGAACGACUUGUACAACACGCUCGUCGAGAUCAGCGCGGAUCCGGUCGCAGGCCCGAAAGUAGAGCGCGUGGUGCCGCAGCUCUUCUACGCCGACGAGAGUCCGCUCUACGGCGGCUUCAGCACCGUCGUGGCCCACGCGUCGUCGGAGCUCUACCUCUUCAGUAAAGAGUGGGAUGCAUCCACGCUGACGGGCGGCAUGCGCGUCGCAAAAGUGCCAACCUCGUCGUACAAGGACCGCGCGACGUACACGUACUGGGACGGAAGCUCCUGGACGCCCGAUCUGGCCGUGGCGUCGAGAGCGCCCGCGGGUCUGCUCUUCUCGGCGAGUCUCUCCACAGGCGAUGUCUUCUGGAGCGAAUACUACAGCACGUACAUGGUGGUGUAUUUCAACACGUUCGCGGACAGCACGUUUUACAUGCGGUAUGCGCUCGAGGGGACAGUGACGGGUAAGUGGAGCGACGAGAUCAAGCUUGCUGUUACGCAACCUGGAUUGGGGCCACAGCCAUAUAACUAUGCGGGACAUGCGUAUCCGACGUUCGGGCAGAGUGGGAAGGAGUUGGUCCUGAGUUAUACAAUGGCGGGAGGGGCGUUGACGGAUAUGUUGAAGGUUACUUUCGAAUAAAGCAUGGUAGAUGUGCGUUCUUUAGACUUUUUAGAUCUAUAAAUUCGACUAAGACGAUAUCUUUCGUGGCGUUUCCUGC